AUGCGCCUCGUCAAGAACAAGAUCGAAUAUGGCGGCGCCGGCAGUGUCACCCUCAUCCCCGAAGAGCCUGAGGACAUGUGGCAUGCAUACAACCUCAUCGUACCUGGAGACCUCCUUUAUGCGACAGCUAUCCGCCGCGUUACAACAACCGCCGCAUCAACCGGCUCAACUAGCUCCUCACGCGUGCGGCUAACGCUGGAGAUCCGAGUCAAGAACCUCGACUUUGACCCGCAAAACUCCCAACUACAUGUUAGCGGGCAGAUUGUAAAUGAGACGCCGCAUACGAAGAUUGGACAGCACCAUACCCUUGACCUCGAACUUAACCGGCAGUUUACCCUAGAGAAGGGAUCCGGGCCGGAUAGUGAGGGAAGCGGGUGGGAUAGUGUUGCGGUCGAGGCGCUAAAGGAUGCGGUUGACGAGGGCGGGAACCGCAAAGCGGAGGCUGUGGCCGUGGUGAUGCAGGAAGGACUAGCGCAUAUAUGCUUCAUUGGACAGUUCCGGACUGUCCUGAAGCAGAAGAUUGAGAUGUCCGUGCCGAGGAAGAGGGCUGGAGGCAGUGAUCAUGACAAGACAAUGACCAAGUUCUACCAGACAACCCUCGACACCCUCCUCCGCCACAUGGAAUUCAACACCAGCUCCACCUCAAUGACAAGCAACGACCCCGUUCGCCCCGUCCUCCUCGCAUCCCCAGGAUUCACUGCAACCUCAUUCCAAAAACACAUCCAACACGUCGCCAACACAACCACCCCCGCGCUCAAGCGCUUGCUCCCCUCCGUCGUCGUCGUCCACUCCGCCUCCGGCUACCUCCACUCACUCACAGAAGUCCUGCAAUCCCCCACCGUCAAGGCCCUCCUCAGCGACACCAAGCACGCACGCGAGACAAAGCUCAUGGAUGACUUCCAUGAGCAGCUACGAAAGGAAACCAACAAGGCUACGUACGGACCCCGCGAGGUCGAGAACGCCGUUGGCCAGGGCGCCGUGGGGCGUGGCGGCGGGAUACUUAUCAUCUCGAACAAGCUGUUCCGUUCUCCGGAUGUGGCGGAGCGGAAGCGGUGGGUUGCGCUUGUGGAUCGCGUGCGGGAUGUCGAGGGUGGUGAGGUGCGCGUUUUGAGUUCGGAGCAUGAGAGCGGGAAAAGGCUUGAUGGGUUAGGAGGCAUUGCGGCGAUCUUAACGUUUCCUAUCGGUGAUGAAGAUCUGGAGGAGGAUAGUGAAUGA